AUGGCGUCCCACUUUUCCGAGCAAAUUCCCCCCACAGUAGGAUACAAUUUGCGCCAAUUGCGCAAGGGCAGCGUAACAAUGAAACUAUGGGAUAUCGGUGGCCAGCCUCGUUUUCGGUCCAUGUGGGCACGGUAUUGUGCAGGUACAUCUGCUAUUGUUUUUUUGGUCGAUGCAAGUGUCCCUUGUCCAAGGCAGGGAGACCAAGCCGUACAGGAUGGCUCUGAAGAAGGCAGCAAAGAGCACCAGUGUCGAAGUUGUGCGUGGAAAAUUGCCAGUCAGGAACUCCAUACAUUGAUCAAGCAACCAUCUCUGCAAGAAAUUCCCGUUCUUGUGUUAGCAGCAAAAAACGAUGUACCUAAUUGCGCCACAACGUCGCAAGUCGUGGACCUAAUGAAAUUGCACGACAUCAAUGAUCGUGAAGUCUUCUGUUACAGUAUAAGCAGUCGCAACAUGCAAAACAUUGACAAGACACUGCAAUGGCUGUGCGCAAGGCAAGGUAAUAACUAA